UGUUAGGCAGGAGGUGGCGGUAGCCGUUGCUCGCCGCGAUCGUGGUGGGCGGUACCAAGGCGGGGAGCGGAGGCAGACGGAGGGCUGUCCGCCGUCCCCAGGCAACCGCUACCAACAGAGGGCGGGCGGAGGGCCCCGCCGGCCGCUUGGUGUGGUGCGGCGCCUGUUCCAGCGAGUGGGUGCUGCUCGGUGCUCGUGGGGCCCGGCGGUGUUGACUGCUUAUAGAGUUACAGUAAAACAAAUAAACAGAUACUCCUACCUUUUAGUGUGGUACACCGUCACCCAGCCAUGCCUGCAGAAGGAAAAAGUGAUAUGGAGAGGAUUGGCCUCUUCAGUGAAAUGAGCUAUGUUACCAUUGGAGACAAAUAUAUGUCAUGUUAUAUGCGCCCUUUUAAUGAAACUGCAAGCAAGAACAGACAGAUGCUAUCUGAGGGGAGCAAAACAUUGUCAGCUCUUCAGGCAGGUUAUUUUGAUGCUGAGUUUAAGAGGAUUUUCAAUGGUGAAGCCUACUCAAACCCUGUUCAACUAAGGAGACGUUUUAGAUUGGCAGAAUCAAAGAAAAAUUUGGGAAAAGCUUUCCUUCCCAGUAAUGGAGAUAAAUUGCCAUGUGGACUAGGCAGCUAUUAUGGAACCAUAGGAGGUCCAUUUGCAUACUUCAGCGCACAACUGAAAGCUAGAGAAAGAUACAUUCCUCCUGGAAAGAAUUUUUAUACUAGUCCAGGAAAAAAAGGAACUGGAUAUGGUUAUGCAAAUCUUACCAUAGGUGAACAGUAUCCACAUGAAGCAGAUGGCUAUGAAUUAGAAAAAAUAAUUGCAAGGAAAGCUCGAGAGGAACACAAACGUUUGCUUAAAGGAGGACCUUUCAAGACAAAUAUAUACCCCCUGGAGUAUUUUGACAUGAAUCCCUAUUUUAAUGACAAACCUCUGCCACCUGUGAAGAAACCACCUCCAGAGAAGCUAAUUGCACCACCUUUCAUACCAAGUUCUCCUGCUAAAAAGGCAGGGGGCAUGAAAGGAGGCACAUUUGAUCCUUAUCCAAGCCAUUCUGCUGACCCUUAUGUAAUCAGAAAAACUACAGCUGUCCCAUCCAGUAAAGAACGAAAGGUUUUUAAUCCUCCUGCUGGACCAAAAAGCAGACCUGUUACAAGUAUAAUAACUUUAAAUGUCAUAAGUUGCAGGAAUCAUUUCAAUUUGCACUGACAAGGCCAAACCAGAAGCUACCUUAUUACUUCACGUUGAUUUAAUUGACUGAAUUGAAAGUAACUAUUCUGUACAUCAGAAAGCCUGGUAACUACCAACACUGAUGUAAGAAACUACAACUUUCCAUGCUUCCACUGGUGGUUUUUAAACUAGUGAAAGUGGAAAAAGAAUAGCAUACUGGCCUGGGUAGCCUACUUAUCACUGUAUUGUUUGUAUUACAGUUCCAUCAACAGAGUAAAAAUUUGUGUUCCCAAGUGAAAUACUUUUUGAGAAAAAAACUAACUGUAUAUGAAGUAAGUUUUAGAAUUGGAAAGGAAUGGCUGAUUGUGAAGUGUCACCAUGUGCUCACAGAAAUGGUUAAGAUGGACUCAUUACAAAUAUUUGUAAAGAGAAAAAUUUCAUAUCUGCAAGCAAAAGUUCCACAGACUGAAAUUCAAACCACUUUUUCAAAUUCUCUGCUACCGUUUCUCUCCUAACAAUUUAAAAGGAUGUAUGAAUUUUUGCUUCAUUAUUCCUAGGUUUACUGAAAUGAGAAUUGUGAACAGCAUUUAUUUUAAGUAUGAAUGUUAUAGCUCAUAGAGUUUAAGAAAUGCGGUAAGAUAUUUUUCAAAUCAUCAGCUUCCCCCCAGAUGACAAUUUUUAUGUACUUUCCAGUGGAAAUCUUAUCGUCUGGUAUUUUGUCUGUAAUCCUACAAUUGGAUUUGUGAGCCUAAAUUCUUGCUCUCAUGCAGUUCUAUAUCAGUUAGAUGCCUCAUUGAUUAAAGUCAUUAAAUCUAAUUACAGGAAUGGGUGUAACAGUUUUUCAUUUUUACAAGAACUUUCCUAUUCUGUAGAGUGAUAUUCUAAAACAAAAUCUAAUAAUUUUCUCUUCAUUUACAUUUCAGAUCAAUAAAUGCAAAGAACUACAAGACUGCAUAUGCUACAUAUUAUUAGGUAAAAAUGGUGAAAUGAAGGGUACACUUUUAAGACUCUUGACAACACAGCUGCUAAUCAGCAUUUGGAGCAAAUAAAAAGGUGAAAAGUGGAAUUCAAGUACAGAAGGCAAUCUGGUUUGUUUAAUUAUUGCAAAUGCAAUAUUUGGUUAUUUCAUUUUUUUAUACACACACACAUAUAUGCACACGUGUAUACUUGGUCGUAAAGCUACAAUAAAUAAUAUAAUGUAUUCAGGAA